CUCGGGAGUGAACGUCGUACGUGGUGGACGCGGUCGCUCGUAGUGCGUGCGUUUGUUGUUCAGUGUUACAAAACUGUAGAAACACCUUAAAUGUAGCACAAUUUAGGAUAGUUUGUGAUGGAAUAAAUUUCAGACAUGUUGGGAAAAGGAGUAGAAGUGCGAUGGGCCUGUAAUUUUAGUCAGUACUUUUGCCUUUUGCUUUUUUUAGUUCAAAUUCAGUGUCAGGUGAUAAGGAAAAGUGUUGAGUUGCCUGUGAAAGAUUACCUAUCAGCCCCGCAGCGGAACAGGGAUGGUAAGGAUCAUAUUUAUGCCCAAGGAAGUUAUAUUGAUGGCUUUCGAAAUUUUGAAGUUUUGUCUCCCCACACACCUGCGUCGGCCUUGAUGUUCGCAUCUUUGGCUAAAAGUGGGAAUAGUCCUACAUUGUUACCCUUAAGCUCACCCAUUAAUGAUCCAGUGACAGCUUUGUUCAAACCUACGGUUUCUACCGUUAACCCUCCUGACUUGAAUAAACGGACAGAUAAAGCAAUUGAUAGUUCAUUUUCAAGGAAAAAAUCCACAUCGAUAGACUUACUAGAAGAUGGCCUAAACAAAGCGACUAAAGGUUAUUCUUUUUCUUAUACUGAGCCUUUAUCAGAUAACGGUAAAGAGGCUAGUGUGCAAGAAGCCAGUCAAGAGUUCAUACCGGUUUAUAGUACUCCAUUACCACUUUUGUAUUUUAACAAUGGUGAUGCUGUGCGCUAUUCAGACAAGUUAUCUAGUAUUUCCCCUUUAGAUUAUGGGGGAAUCGAAGGACGGAAUAUAGAUAGUAGUUCUGGAUUCAAUCCAUACCCAGUCCCUACACCGUCACAAUACAAUGGACCUAGAUAUGAAGAAGAUUUUCGUAAUACUGCUCAACGACCAUAUUCUACACCUACCUAUGGACAAAACGAUCAAUCAAACGAAUAUUAUGAUUAUUUGAGUAGAGAGAAAAACUAUGAAAUUCUAACAUCUAGUAAUGAGGCUAUACCACUAAAUAAAGAAAAAAGUGGGAGGGAGUACUACAACUAUUCAAGUAGAGAGAUCCCCUAUGACAUUCCGUCAUCUAGUAACGAAGCCAUCCCAGGAACACGGGGGAAAAGUGUACCAAAACAUUCUAACGAAAAUCCACAGGAGGUUAGGAAAUAUAAUAAUCCUGAACAGGGAAAUUACAAUUCUCAACCUAGACAAAACUAUAACACUAACCAGGCUCCUUACGUCCCUCCAACGAUUGGUGUCAUAGGGUGGAAAUCAAAUACUGACCAUGAAACUACUUGGAAACCAACAAAAGCUUUGAUGAACAUGGCUGACCACCACAUAAAAGAGGACAUGAAAAAUAAAGGAAAUUCUUAUAUUUCCACAACACCGAUACCACAAACAAAUGAAGCAGUAAAUGGUAAUAAGGGACAAGGUAACUACGAAGAAACUCAGGAGGCUGAGGAAGAGGAAGAAGGAGAAGAAGAGGAAGAGGAAGAGGAUGAAGAUGGAGAAGAUGAAGAAGAAGAGGAAGAAACUGAAGGGGAAGAAGAUGAGGAAGAGGAAGAAGAGCCAGAGUCUGGACCCGAAGAAGAGAAUAACAACGCAGAUAGUCCACCGUCGAAGUACCCAUAUUCGGCGGAACGUCCCAAUAACCCUUCAUCAUACCAACAUGAAAAUGGACCUCACACUGGCCAUCCUGCUAGAUAUGAAAACUCUGCAGAGACAUACAGAGAUCCACCUUCUUAUCCCCCACAAAGCUAUCAACAAUCUGGAGAGUACUAUGAAGAACCUUCCCUACGUCCACCUUACGAGUAUGAUAAUUCCUCUCCUAGCUCUAGGGAACCACCUACUCAAUCGCAUCCCGAUUACGAAAACUCUGUUGAGAAUUACAGUCCUUCACCAAAAUAUCCUCCUAAAUAUGAAAACUCAGCAGAAUAUCCCGAACGUCCCGUCCAGCCCUCCUCAAGCUACGACAAAUCACGUGAAUAUUAUAAUUCCAGAGAAUCGCCUAAUGAACAAAGUAACAACAGUCCUCGUCCUUAUACAGAAGAGCUGCCGUACCAAAGUGCAGAAUAUUCUUAUGAUGGUCAACCCCUACCACCAGGACCACCUUAUAACCCACCAUCGUACGCCCAUGAUCCUCGCAGCAAAAUUGGAUAUCUUCCACCUCCUUCGUCUUACCAACCGGUCUCUUUCCCCAUAGAUCUAGGAGUUCGCCAAACAUGGACACCCAUCAUACCUAUUGCGAGAUCUGCAAACAAAGAAGAAAUCAAAAACGUUCCAGAGUACAAGUCUAGUAACGGUCGUUGGUUAUUAAAUGGAGGUCCUAUUAUGAAGAAUAACUUAGCGGAGACCAACUCUGAACUACCAAGUUGGGAAGAGUUUGGCAAAGACAAACGUUCAAAUAAUGUAGGAGGCACACAAAAGAAAGUUAAAAACCUUCAUGAUGACAGAAAUAAUAGUAGAGAAAACCUUGUGAAAAGGGAAAAGCAGGAGAAUAAAACUCAUAAAAACCAUCAAGAUGGUAAGAAGUCAAACGAGGACCUUUCAAAAGAGAGAAACAAUUCUGAAGAAUCUGUAAAUGAAAGGAACAACUUUAAAACGUCCAGGGAAGUUUCUGACCCAGACUAUAAUCCACCACCUCCACCGCGUGAUCUCGACGAAGAUCGAAUCAGAAACCAUGUGAGCGACAGGGAGAAACCUCGCAAAGUUCCUACACGUCUUCGCUACCCUGGAGGAGGACUUUGGGCCAAACCUCCCCCAGAAUCUGGCAUAGACCUUGGGUUCGUGCCCCAGAAAGUGUACACACAGACCAGGAAACACAACGUGGUGAAGCAUCUUCCAAGGGAGGCGGCUCUUCAGGCUGCGUCUACAGCUGAGGAGGUCAUCAACGCUCCGAGGCUGCGUGAGGUUGUCAGUCAUAAGAAAGUACAGGAGGUCUACGAAGAAGAAGGCUACGAAGACUCAGGCUAUGAUCACGGAGGCUACAAGAAACACGGAGCGAGCAAAACUGACACCGACAAGUACAACUCUGGAGAGCACCACCCCCCGGUGACCGAGAAGGAUCCUAGCGAAGUUAGUCCUGAGGAAGCCUACGAGGAACAUCUGAGACAUCUGGAAGAGGUUCCAGAGGACAGCAAGGGUGAUCCUGCGGGUGAGGGCUCCGCAAAACAGCUGGUCAAAGCCAAUGAAAACCCCAAGGUCAAGGGAUCCUGGAAACAGCAAAAAACUACAACCAACGAAAGAAGCUUAGCCUUCCUUGAUGAAGAAGGCAAAGGAGGAAUUCUCACUGAGAAACAUCCGACGAGAGUGGAAGGCGUCGAGGGGAAAUACCUAGAUGUAAAUGGCAAGAGAGUUCCGAUUGUGAAAGAACUAUCUGAUCCUGUGAAAUUCAUUAAUCAUGGUGAAGCAGUGUCGUUCCAAAGACAUUCUCCAACUAAUGUCAGAACUGAUGAAGAAAAGAAGGUAGCUUAUAGAAAAUUAGCUGAUACGAACGGCGGUUAUUUAGUUUCCACACCUCCUCCUGGAUAUAUAUCAAAAGAAUACAUGCCAAGUAGAGACGAUUCUUCUUCUUCUGAAUUUUACGCUCCCAAAGACAAUUUUAAGACUGCACAUAAACACAGGAAUAUCAAUACAGGGUCAUCUCACGACUAUAUUGAAAGCUCGACAGCUCUUCCUCAGCUAUCAAGCUACACCAGUAAGAAUAAUAGAUUUUCCUAUAUGAUUAAACCUGAAACAUCAGAGGAUAACACUAACUUUUCUCAUUUGACUAAAAAUAAAUAUGGCGAAUCGUUCGAGACUCCAAACCCAACUCAAAAACACACUGGUGAUUUCUUAAUCAAUGUAUCAAAUGAAUAUAUAAAAGAACCUGAGGUAAAACAUUUCGUUAGUUCGCACGUUCCUGAAAAAUAUUCUGCACGAUUUGCUAGUUCUCAAAAUGCUGAUCUUGUUCUCCCUCGAUCGCAAAGUUAUUUGAACCCUGAGCAAUCUUACAACCUUUCACACGAACCUGGGUCUCAGAGUAAAGAACGAAAAUCAAGAGAUCUUACAGCCGUUGGUAUUGAUGGAACAGAAAGUGACAUAUUUAAUACCGAAUUCACCCACCCUACUGCAGCUCUUAGGGCGAUUGAAGAACGAAUGUCUUCGAUUUCAAUGGGUAGUUUUGACAGACCCGUACGAUCACGAUCACGCAGUAGUGAGGUAGGGGCUGCAAGAAAGUACAAAGAGAUUGUAAGGUCACCUAGCGAAACACAAGAAGAGGCGGGAGACGACAAGAAAGACGACAUCAACGUUAGACUGACCGAUGAAGAUGUUAAUAUCCGCCACCCUUUCUUGCCAAGAGAUGAAAGUGGGGAUUCUAAAAUUGAUUAUGUUAAAAUAAGAAAAGACUAUGAUUCUACCACUGCCCCUCCUUUGAGGAAAUACAUUGUAGAAGAUAUAGAGCUAGCCCCAGUGACUGAACAGCCGAUUACUACAACCACUCAUAAAGUGACGACAGUAAGUCCCAAGACUACUACGGAGUAUGUUCCCGAAGAUCCAGCUUUAACUCUUAAGAGAUUGAAAAGUAAUCCGUUCCUUUCCUCGAUUUUCCCGGGUCAAGAAAAUCAAGAAGAAAGCACACUACUUUAUAUAAAUGUGCAAAGUACCACUACUCCAAAGAUAACUACUUACAGGGCAAAAACCACUACUGAAGAGGUGACCGUCAAAGAAACUCCAGAAGACACACUACACAGACUCCAAAGUAACCCAUUUUUAUCUUCGUUGAUUUCAAGUAAAGAAGAGGGUCAUAGAAACGAAAGAAAACUUCAGUCACAGCUGAGGCGUGGAAGCAGAAUAAGUCCUAUAGUAGUCCUUCCAGAAGAACCUGACAUGAAGUCAGAUUCAGUGAAACAUGUUGAACAACUAACACUAGCGCAUUAUUCUUCAUCAAACCAUGGACUCAUGUACCAGCAAGUUCCGAGAAGAACACAACAGCGAAUCUCCAAUCUCGCACGCCAUUUAAACAGUGACGGUGUUGAUGCAAUGCAUAUUGUUGUUAGACGAAGCGCUGAUUCAGCAUCACUGCCUACAGAAAAAAUAAAUGUUGCAGCUAGUGGUACAACCACAGAAAUUCCUGUUGACACAGAAAAAUAUCCUUACUAUUACUCACCAGCGUCCGUGGUGUUCCCCAAAUAUUCUCCGUUGAGAUACGCAACAAGCCCAAAAGAUAUUCCAAAGAAAACUGAAGGAGGAAUGGAGUUCUACGAAUUAAGAGAUAAAUCCGUAAGAUGUGAAGAGCCCACACCUCCUAAAAAUGUUGUUCCGAAACGAGGAAAAGAUGGAGAAUGGAAUAAAUCCCCUCAACCUGAAAAACAACGAAUGGGAAAACUUGGAGAUCAGAUCGAUUGUUUAAAAGCUAAAUACUUUGGAGAAGACCCGUUGGAUAAUCCCUUUUUCAAAGAAACCGAUGUUGGGGUGCCAGACUUUACCACUCAGUCUCCAGAUGAUAGUUUUGGAUUCCAUUCAGACAUAAAACAAAACAUCAAAUCACUUCCAGAGAACAAUGGGGAUUCGUUCAGGAGUAGCAGCAGUAAUCGUGGGACUGCAUUAACUUCGAACAAGUUUGCGAAGAAGGACCACGCAAAUGAAAAACUCGAGAUGAAAGAAAAUUUAUUCAAAAAGUCAGCGUCCAAAGAUAGGAGUAAAAACUUCAAGUUUUCUUUUAACAAAAACCGACCAUUUCAUGAGACCGAACAUCAAGAGAGCAGAACACAAAAUACAUUUUCUUUACCCGAAAAAGAAAAAAAGCAUAAAAAACUGGAGGAAAACUCUGAAGUCUUGAAAAAUGGUACUGAACAUACAAGAGAUGGUGACCAACCCCGUAAAACAACAAUACCUCCACUUUCAGAAAUUCAUUCAGGUUCUUCAGGACCAAUCCGACUUCAUCCUCCAAAAAAUGUGAUUAUCUCGUUUAGAAGCAAAGGAACCUCCAACCAUCCUCGAAUAAAGGUUAUACAUGGUACAGCAUCACUAUAUAACGUAAAUGUAAAUGUUGUACCUAUGAGUUCGGUUGGAUACCUUAAAACUCAUCCACCUGUUCAUAUUCGUGUGGAAGAUUUGAGUGGCGACAACACUCCUUAUUUACCAGACACUUUUUCAGAGUUGGACCCUAUUUCGAGUGCGGCUAGUCAAAUAGCUAAACAAAAUAAAGUGCCUACUACAGUAACAUUUUUGAAAAUGAAUCCAGAAGGUAGAUUAAUUCAUCAACACAUUCGUACGUUUGUUCCUGUGCCAAAGACAACGAUCAAAAACACCCCUGAGGUGCCCAAGAGUGAAAAGUUGACAACAUUAUGGGAUCUUCCCUUACGCGACGAAAGAAAAAGUGAAACUAAGUUUAGAGUGAAACGCAAUCACGAAAACGAUAAGUACAUCAACUCCAAGGAGAGUUUGGAAUUGAAAAAAAUUCUUUUACAGAAAUACGCUGAGAUACUCGCGAAGGAAAAAGAAGAAACAAAUAAACCCACUGGAGAGAAAGAAAGUGUAAAAAAUGUAAACAUAAAUACAACACCAAUUCCUAUCUCUACUUCGAGAAACACUGAGGGUUUUGCACAAGGUAACCGACCUCAGUAUAGUAGUAGAUAUCGCGCUACUGGACCAGACCCGAUGCAUCAAAGCCCGAGUACCAAGAUAAGAAUAAGUAACUCAGAGAAUACGCAAGAGGCCAGGCAUACAUUUCCAUCUAGAAAACCAAAAAUUAGAUUCCCAAAACUUACGAUGACAUCAAGAACUGCGGGUGAAGGCAAUAGAUCCAAACUCUACAACUUACCCGAACCAAUCACCGUGAGAUUAAUAACAACAACAACAACAACCACAACAGAACCCCCUCCCAGCACAACAACAAGGAUGUACAAGCCAAAGGUUGUAUACAAGAAGGAGUACGGAAAACCUAUUGAAAAAGUUGUAGACAUGUUUGCUGUGCUGAAACGUCAACCCUCAAGUACAGAACAAUCCACGACCACUACGUCUACUGAACACUUACCAAUCUAUUCGGAAGAACCAUCUAACUCAGGAAGAAGUUUCAAACCCAAAAGACUUCAACAGUUUGAGCACAGAACGAUCACAAAAGAGGAAGUGAUACGAAGAACGUACAGUCCUGAAAGUCGUUCAGACAAAGUGAGGACUUACGACUCUAUCUAUGACCACCCAGAUCUCAGAGGUCCUGUGUCCCGAAUAUCCAGGGAUAUUGAGGAGGAAAAUUUCCAGGAGAUGCUGGUGUACAUGGUGAACCCAACCACGGGUGUAGGGGAAUGGGCGGUGAUGCCGAUACCUGCAAAAGCUGUGUCCCGCAUGGACGAUGUAUUUAAACCUCACAGAGAAAGAGUAGAACAUAGUAAAGCGAGGAGUCAAGAUAAACCACGGUCGAGGACGAACAGGGAAAACUCCGAUCUAUGGGUAGACACUGGAGAAGCCCGAGUACAGGAGAGCAGUGCUGAGAUUGACUUGGAAAUGUCUACCUCUACACCGAGGAGGGCGAAGAGCAAAACAAGAAGAAAACAAAUCAGGCGGCCUGGUAAUAAGAAGUACCUAGACAGCAGUGAGCUGAGAAACAACCCAACGAGAACUUCUGAGAUGGUUACCACCGAUAAUACCACCCCUACAAGCACCACCUCCAGCUCUACAAUGGACCCUCGUAUCAUUGUGGAGCCACAUAAGAGAAAGUACUUCUACGCCAAGAUAUGAUUAACGUGUAAAUAUCAUCAUACUCAAUAGCUCUUUGUGUACAUAUCUACCCUAAUUUAUGUGUUAUGAAAUGUCCCAUCAACUUUUUAAAAGCUGGAUUGUUGAAAU